AUGUGUAUCGUCUUCACAUGUGGCGAACAUGAGUUCUCCUCAGAAUUGAAAGGUUACGAGGGUGUUACCUGCCAAUGUCACAACUGUGGAAACUACUCGGCGACUGUGAUGAAGAGAUGGAACUGGUUCACAUUCUGCUUCGUGCCCAUUCUCCCGCUGUCCACGCACGCUUACAAAGAUGUUGUCUGUCGAAUCUGCGGCUUUGCGCAACCCCUAGAGUACGUCUCCCCUGGAUCUGUUCGCGGAAUUGGUAACCGACAAGACGUCCAACAACAGCACAGAGGUGCGGGUAACGAGAUGCAGCCCCAAGGCCAGCCUGGGCCUGGGUAUAAUCAGCAGCCUGGAUGGGGUCCACCACAAGGUCAACAACAGCCCGGUGCAAAGACAAACAUGACGUACGGAUAA